UACUCUGGGUGAAAGGCAAGAGGAAAUGCCAUGCCAGCGCCCUGGUGCUCAAAUUUCUCUACGUGUAGACUGCUGUUAAAGGAGCCGUUAGGCCUACUACUUCCAUCUAGCUCUCUAGUUGGUUUAUAUGGUUAUAGUACGAUAUGUGAGAGAACAUGCUGUUACAUUAGCGUUUGCUUAAUCGACUGGAUCCUGAAACUGCUCACAGCCGGAGUGUCUCCUCCUACCGCUGAUCUGAUCUGACAGUCUCCGCAGCACAGGCAGACGGUGCUGGCGUGGAUAACGUUACCUGAAAAUGCGCUGAAAAGGGUUAUAGCAAGCACACUUUAUUUGGAUGAUAUAGAAUAUGCAAGAAUGUGUUGCCCUGCUCUUCUUCUGCCGCUGAGAGCCCAAAGCUCCCCGGAUCAAGUGAAAAAACCCAGGUGGUAGUGACAUGGUUACCAUCAGAUCGGAAAAUAUGGCACCUCAGCAAUCUUCCAGCAUGGAGGAGCAGUCGGGGGAGCUAUGUGAGCCUGAAUCUGAGGAGGGAGAAAAACAAGGAACAGGACCCCCUUCUGAUCAAGCUCAUCCAGUUGGCUAUGAUGCUCCAGAUGGAGGCUGGGGAUGGGUGAUCCUAGUGGCUACUAUCCUUGUCUUAGCUCUGACUCUGGCCUUCCCCUCCUGCAUUGGCAUCUUCUACUUAGAUCUUCAGGAAGAAUUUCAAGCCAGUAACAGUGAGACAUCUUGGGUGCCAUCAAUAAUGACGGCAGUUCUGCAUGCCGGAGGUCCUCUGUGUAGUGUUCUGGUGGAACGCUUUGGUUGCCGGGCGACAGUGAUGUUUGGGGGAGUGCUGAGUGGUUUUGGGAUGGUGGUCAGCUCUUUCUCACAUACCAUCGUUGACUUAUACAUCACCACUGGGGUCAUCACAGGUCUGGGUUUCUGUUUCAGCUUCCAGCCCGCUGUCACAAUACUUGGCCACUACUUUGUGCGCCGUCGUCCUUUUGCCAAUGCUAUGUCCUCCACUGGUACUGCUCUGGGUCUGUCUACAUUGCCCUUUUUAGGUGACUAUCUGCAGAGUACGCUGGGCUGGAGAGGGAGCUUUCUGGUACUCGGUGCUGUGCUGCUCAACUGCUGUGUUUGCGGAGCCGUCAUGAGACCGGUCAGGCCUCGCAAGCCCAGAAAGACAGAGGUGAUGAGCAACGGUCCCAGAACCCCAAGCAAAAAGGAAUGCAUGCUGGGGAUCUUUCAGAGUUUAGCAUCGUUCCUCAGAAAACACAUGGCCUUUGACCUCUUCUGUAGUAACCUGCGAUUUCGGGUGUUUUCACUGGGCAUCACUUGGAUGAUGCUGGGGUUUGUAGUGCCGCUUAUUUACCUGGUCCCGUACGCAUCAGCUCACAAAAUGGAUCCAAGCCGAGCUGCCCUGCUGCUCUCCAUCCUGGGCUUUGUCAACAUCAUUGUGCGGCCUCCCGCUGGAGUGCUCUUCAGUCUGCCCUGGUUUAAAGGUCGGCAUAUCUAUGUUUUCUCAGCCGCACUCCUAAUAAAUGGACUCAGUAAUAGUAUUUGCUGCAUUUCUGCAAGUUUCCCAGUGCUGUUAAUGUAUGUGCUGGCAUACGGACUGUCCAUGAGCGUGGUAGGCUCACUGAUGUUCACCGUCCUGAUGGACACGGUGGAGAUGAGUCGAUUCCCAUCUGCGCUCGGCCUGUUGUCUAUCAUGGAAAGCGUUACGCUCCUGAUAGGACCUCCUCUCGCAGGAAUCCUUGUGGACCGUACUGACCAGUACACAUAUGUGUUCCUGGCCUGCAGCAUCUCAGUGGCCUUAUCAGCUCUGUUCCUUAUGGUUUCCUUUUACUGGCUGGACUCCCGUGAUGCAGCCCAGAAGAACAGUUCACCAGGGUCUGGGUCUCCAGCUAAGCCUGCAGUCAAUUUGCCCAUGGACUGCCAGUACAGCAGUGUGCCUACAGAUGGGGACAAGACAAAUAAGCCAUCAUCAGAGUCAGAAAAAAUCACAAAUGUAUGACCUGGAUCUGAGUUAUUUAUGUCUUUGUAAUCGUGAUCCGUAUCAAGUACAAACAUAUGUUUCUUUGCCAUUUGUGACCCUGGACCACAAAACCA